GGUCGGGCCGGGAGCCGCGGGGACCGGGUGGCCGCCAGUCCCAGCGCCGGAGCCGCCACCCGCCGAAAGCAGGCGCGCACGACACCGGCCCGCAGCCCGUGCGCUCGGGCUUGGGGUUUUGUUCCAUUGGCCGUUUGGGUUUUGGACCAAGGCCUGUGUUUGUAAAAUCUGUUUACUGAAAGACUUGAAGUGUGUGUUCUACUUGUUCAAGACAGUAUGCGUUUCCCGGGCCUCGGCCUGUGCCUGGGUCUCCUCUUCAUCUCAGCAAACGCGGACUUCGCUGAUGACAGCGCCGAGGUGGAAGACUUCGGAGAAAACUCAGAAGAGCUGGGUGCUGAAGAGGGCGAGCCCGGGGCAGAGGGUUUUAAAUACAAGACGCCUCAACCUAUAGGAGAAGUCUACUUUACAGAAACAUUUGAUAGUGGAAAGCUGGCUGGGUGGGUCUUAUCGAAAGCAAAGAAAGAUGACAUGGACUCCGAGAUCUCUAUCUAUGACGGAAGGUGGGAAAUUGAAGAGUUGAAGGAGAACCAGGUUCCUGGUGACCGGGGGCUGGUGCUGAAGUCCCGCGCGAAGCACCACGCCGUGUCGGCCUCCUUAGCACGGCCGUUCAUCUUUGCGGACAAGCCUUUGAUCGUGCAAUAUGAAGUGAAUUUUCAAGAAGGUAUUGAUUGUGGAGGUGCAUACAUUAAACUACUAGCAGACACUGACGAUUUGAUUCUGGAGAAUUUUUAUGAUAAAACGUCCUAUACCAUUAUGUUUGGACCAGAUAAGUGUGGAGAAGAUUAUAAACUUCAUUUUAUCUUCAGACACAAACACCCCAAAACUGGAGUUUUUGAAGAAAAACAUGCCAAACCUCCAGAUGUAGACCUUAAAGAGUUCUUUACAGACAGGAAGACGCAUCUUUAUACCCUGGUGUUGAACCCAGAUGACACAUUUGAAAUAUCGAUAGACCAAAAAGUAGUAAACAAAGGAAGCCUCCUGGAAGACGUGAUUCCUCCGGUUAACCCUCCCAAGGAAAUCGACGACCCCGACGACAAGAAGCCUGAGGAGUGGGACGACAGGGCGAAAAUCCCCGACCCGACGGCCGCCAAGCCAGAGGACUGGGACGAAAAUGAGCCGGCGCAGGUGGAGGACCUGAGCGCCGUCAAGCCCGAAGGCUGGCUCGAUGACGAGCCCAAGUUCAUCCCGAAUCCCACUGCGGAGAAACCGGAUGACUGGAACGAAGACCUGGACGGGGAGUGGGAGCCGCCUCGGAUGCCCAACCCGGCCUGCCACAUCGGGUGCGGCGAGUGGAAGCCGCCCAUGAUCGACAACCCCAAGUACAAGGGCGUGUGGAGGCCGCCCAUGGUCAGCAACCCCGACUACCAGGGAAUCUGGAGUCCUCAAAAAAUUCCCAACCCAGAUUAUUUUGAAGAUGAUCAUCCGUUUCUUCUAACUUCCUUUCGUGCUCUUGGCUUAGAACUUUGGUCAAUGACCCCUGACAUCUACUUUGAUAAUUUUAUCAUCUGUUCCGAAAAGGCAGUAGCAGAUCAAUGGGCCUCAGAGGGCUGGGAAGUGAAGAUAAUAGUAGCGAAAGCUAAUGAGCCCGGUGUAUUGAAGCAGCUGACAGCGGCCGCUGCAGAACGCCCCUGGCUUUGGCUCAUUUACUUCGUAACAGCAGGGUUGCCAAUCGCAUUGGUUACUUUGUUUUGCUGGCCAAGGAAAGUAAAGAAGAAGUACGAAGUAGCUGAGUACAAAGCAGCGGCCAUGCGCAAGCCGCCCAGCAAGGCCGCGCUGGAGCAGGAGGGGCGGGAGGAGCCGGCGGCCGCGGAGCCCCCGGCCGGCGCGGAGGAGCAGGGGAGGCAAAGUGACGGCGAAACCCCCGAGAAGGAGGAGGAAGGCGAACCUGAGGAACGGAAGAGUCAGGAAGAAAUUGAAGUCACAGAAGGGCAAGAAGAGGGAAAUAAGUCCAACAAGUCCGGAUCAGAGGACGAGAUGAAGGACGCGGACGAGAGCACGGGCUCCGGGGACGGGCCGGUGAAGUCGCUGCGCAAGCGGAGGGUCCGGAAGGACUGAGCGCCGCCCGGGAGCGCCCUCGUCCCAUCCGGGGUCCCAUCCGGGGAGAGGUGUGGACGCCCCGCACGCCUGCCACACCCAUCCUCCACCGCACCCGCAACGCUGUUCCUGGAGAUUUAUUUUCGUCUUUCUUCUGAGGGGGGAGAUGGUCUUUGUAUUUAGAAUAAAAGAGUGGCGAGUUACACCCGAGACGUGAGCGGGGUGUCAUUACGAAUCAGUUCCAAUCGUCCGACGGCCGUGUGGGGGUGUCUC